AUGGUGUGGCACCUGAGUCAAGCCGGGCCGGUUGACGACAUUAAGCGAAACGUCGAGGAGGUCAAAGCUCACGUGGCGAAAUUCUCAAAGCCAGACCUGUACCUGGCUGUCAGGACUCUGCUCAUCACUGCAGCGCUGUAUGCUGGCUUCCUUGCUGCCUACCCCUACACAACAAAGCAUUGGGCGCUGUGGGCGGCAGCUGCCAUCCUCAGGGCGGGAGUCAACGUUCGCACAUUCAUCAUCUUCCAUGACUGCUGCCACGGGAGCUUCUUCAGGAGCGGGUGGGCCAACAUGAUUGUGGGAAGGAUUGCUGGCGGGCUGACAUGCACUUCCUGGUCAGCAUGGGUCAAAAUGCACAACGUUGAACACCACAUACACCACGGCAAAGAUAUUCUCUUCUUUGCCACAGUUCCGGGACUCGUCUUCCUCAUCACAGGAGUGCACAACGGAAAGCUGCCCAUGAUGGAUCAAAUGGUUCCUUCGCAGCCAAAGUUUGUGCUGGCGAGCAUGGAUCCCAUUGACAGAGUGCUGCCCACUCUGCUUCCCGCCCUGCAGGCGUGGGCGGGCUAUGCUCUGCACGGCUCCAGCUGGCUGUGGUUCCAGCUGGCAUUCUACACCCUGGGGAGCACCAUGGGCUUCAUGCUAUUUCACCUGCAGCAUUUUGCGCAUGUGCCCGACCUGUAUUUUGACAUCCCCAAAGACCAGCACGACCGCGACCUGGCAUCUCUCAUGGGCGAGUUCUACAUACCAGUACAUCCCGGAGUGGUUCAAUAUCACCACAUCCACCACUUCUCCACGCGCGUUCCCUCCUACCGCAUCCGCUCCUGCCACAUCAGCGCGCCACCCGCCACCUGGCGCUACAUCAAAUAUUUGAAUCUGAAAACGGAGCUGCAGUCUUUCCUGCUGGUGAUGUGGAAUGAAGAUCUGCACCGCUUUGAAUCAUUCCCCGAGCUCAACUGGCUGCUGGGAUAA